CUGCGUUUAGGGUUUAGUGUCAAGAAUUGUUCUCACCCAGUCACCCAGAGUGAUCAUGGCGUCGGAGGACAAAUUGAAGAACACCGCGGAUACUCACGUUGACAGACUGAGUGUUUUGGGCGACGAUUUGCUGCUCCACAUACUCGGAUUCUUGGAACUGAAAGGCGCCGUGGGAACGAGCGCUCUGUCAAGAAGAUGGAGGUACCUUUGGACCCGUCUCACCAGUCUCCAUCUGGACGACUGCAGCUUCGUGCACUCCGACGCCGACUGGACAAUGGCGGAAACUAUGAACCCAGAGUUCGGAGACCUCGUGGAGAGCGUGUUGAGACAAUGCGAAGACCACCUGCCGUUUCUCAAGAAGUUCCGCCUCAGUUGCAACUCGCCCAAUGAUCUGAUGUUUGUGGAAUGGUGGAUGGAGGCGGUCACCGGUCCUCAGGUCGAGUCAUUUGAAGUCGAUUUCAGGUGGGGGAACUGUAUGUACCAUCCCUGCGAAAGGAUUUUUGCUAUGGAGAAGCUUCGAGUAUUGAAGCUCAACGACUGGUACAAAAUGGUCGUUCCUCCGUCUGCGUGCUUUCCUAGGCUCGAGGUUUUGGAACUCUGGAGGGUCCAUGUGCUUCUCGAGGAUUGUCCCCAGUUCAUCGCAUGGCUUCGGGCGGUCAUUGGGCCUGAAAUCGAGAAGCUUUACCUUAAAUUGAAAGUAAUGAAAGCAAUGGAGCCGGAGGUGAUUGAUUUGGGUGAAGCCGUUCGUAGCGCACGUAAGCUUCAGGUGUUGAAGCUCUGCAAUGGUAUCCAGCUUGGUGUUGAUGCACCCAUUUGCCUUCCAUGUCUCAAGGUAUUAGCACUUUAUUUUGUAUCAGGGUUUGGUUCCACACUGCGCAGCAUCAUUUCCAGUUCUCCUGUUCUGGAGUCAUUAGUCAUUGAAUGCUUUAAAACAUUAGGCGAUGCAACAACCCUUUACAUAGAAUCUCCCUCGCUAAAGAAUGUGAAGCUGAGGAGGUUUUCGGUUGAGCAUCAUGCCUCGCGGAGAAUUGUUCUUAAUGCACCAAGUCUUGUGCGUAUGAAAGUUCUUCUUUACAAUGAUAUGGUGACUGAAUAUGACAUUCAUGAGCUACCUUGCCUUGAAUCUGGUUAUAUUGACUACUGUGGUCGAAGUCAACGGCUUGCCUCCCUUAUUAUGAUCUUGAAUCGGAUUUCAAAUGCUACAUCACUGCAUCUAACUGACUCAACAUUUCAGUCGAUUAUGCUGUGUUACCUCCAUCAGCUUCAACUGCCCGUGUUACAUAACUUGACUCACCUGACAACGGAAGUGAGUCUGAUUGACUGGGAAACCGUGUGUACCUUACUUGCUUGCACACCAAACUUGGUAACUCUGGUCUUUGAGAAGAGUCCAGGUCCUGAACCGUUGGAAGUUUUACGGGAGAACAUAUGGAAACCAGUCCCUGAAUGCCUUUAUUCACGAAUUGAAGUCAUAGAAAUCAAGGGUUUAGGUUCAGGGGUGACUUCAGUCCAGAAAGACUUGUUAAUGCACGUUCUAGAUGUUGCAUCUUGCUUAAAGAAGAUGAUUCUUCACUGUGCCAUUGACCAAGACACCAUUGGAGGGCUCUUACAUUCGUCCAAUGAAUCAGUUCCUACCCACGGAGAACAUGCGAUGCUGGCGAAUCUGGAAGAGUUAUUAGCUUGGCCGAGGUCAUCAAGUAAUUGUGAAGUUGAACUUUUAAGUUAUGUAGACGAUACCUUGUACUGAUGAUGAGGACAUGAUUUAGUAACUGAGCUUUGCAUGUGUACUGUUUGAUGUACUUUGGCUCAGAUUGAGUAUAUGUAUAUCAGUAUAUGAUCAGGACAUGACUUUAGUAACUGACCUCUUUGUCUGUGUUUUCUAAAGUGUAUUUUGCCUCGGAUGGAGUAAAUGUAUUGUAUGUUUUCGGU